AUGACCAGCACGCGCGGUGACUGUGAGCGUUUGAUGCGAAUGCUACGAGACUUCAGCGCGAGACAGCGCCGGGGCAAGACUGGCCGCUGCCUGCGUUACAUAUUGGAACAGCUUUGUGUUGAGCAGAGUCGGCGCCGCAGAAAGCCGUUAGAGCAGGUUUUGUUCCUAUUCUGCCCGAUUCUGUGUGAGUCUCGUAAUAAAGUGGUGCUGACGAGCAGAAAUUACGUAUCCAAGGACAACAUACUGGUGUCAGAUGUGGGAUGGCACUGCUCAGCUAGAAGGGAACGGCACAUUGGGAACCUCGAGUGUGAAUGCCCCAGCCUGGAGGAAGGUGGUACCGAUGCUGCGUCUCUGCGGCUUGUCCGGGGAACAUCUGUCCGAGGACGGCGGCGUGCCCCAGGGUGGGGGCGGGUGGGGACGUUAGCCCGGCGCUGGCAGCGUUUGCCCCGCCUUCCGUGGGUGGAGCCACCAGUUCUGGAGCUGAACGCUGACCUGAGACGAUCCUGCCAAUGGCUGGAAAAGACAGGACCGAAGGACACACUGAUCACAGCGAGACAGGGCACUAAGCACGGGGUCAAUCAAUGCAAGGGUGCAACAGACAAGUGCAGACUGUGUGCAGGAGCCUCUGAGACCAUCCAGCACCUAGUAGAGGCUGGCUAG